UGUAAAUCCUCCAAUAAGCGCUCCUUCUUAUAACACCCCUAAUCAUCAGUCACAGGCAAAUCCACAAACACCAUGAGUGCGUCCUCUUACUUCCUCUCCUUCUUCCUCCUCGUCUUCCCACUCCCUCUCCACUCCCUUUCCACCACCUGCCAAUGCCUCCCUACCUCCAAAUCGGAAAACGUGAACCUCCCCCUUCUCCUCAAAUCCAUCGGCCUCGCCUCCAUCCUCGCCGCCGGAGCCGCCGGAGUUCUCAUCCCCAUUGUUGGGCGCUCCAUCUCCUUCCUCCGUCCGGAACACGAUCUCUUCUUCGCAAUCAAGUCCUUCGCCGCCGGCGUAAUCCUCGCCACUGCUCUCAUCCACAUACUCCCCGACGCCUUCGAUCGCCUCACUUCCCCCUGCCUCCCAGCCCACCCCUGGCACGGCUUCCCCUUCGCCGGAUUCGUAGCGAUGGUGUCCGCCAUGGCGACGAUGAUGGUCGAUUCGUUUGCGACGGGGUAUUACAGAAGGUCGCAUUUCAGGAAAGCGCGGCCCGUUGAUGAUGAAGAUGAUGUCGUUUGUGUCGGAGGCGAUAUGGAGGCGGAGCGGGUGGCCGGAGGGGGAACGCCGGCAGAAGAUGCGUCCAUGGCUGAGAAAAUCCGGCAUAGGGUCAUCUCUCAAGUGUUGGAAUUGGGUGUCGUGGUUCAUUCUGUAAUUAUUGGGGUUUCCUUGGGGACAUCUGGCAGUGCCAAAACAAUCAAGCCCUUGCUUGGAGCCUUGAGUUUUCAUCAAUUCUUUGAAGGAGUUGGGCUUGCUGGUUGCAUAGUUCAGGCAAACUUCAGGGCACGAGCAACAGUGAUAAUGGCCAUCUUCUUCUCCAUGACAGCUCCUUUCGGAAUAGCUCUGGGCAUUGCUAUUUCUUCAAGCUACAACCCACAUAGCUCAACAGCCCUUAUAAUUGAAGGGGUGUUUGAUGCUGCUUCAGCUGGGAUCUUAAUCUACAUGUCGCUUGUGGAUCUCUUGGCUGCCGAUUUCACAAACCCUAGAAUGCAGGAUAAUAUAAAUCUUCAGCUUGGAGCUCAUCUGGCUCUUCUCCUUGGCUCUGCUUUCAUGGCAGUUUUAGCCAAGUGGGCAUAGAAAUGCACAUGUAGAUUGUAUUUUUUUUAUUUAUUUUAGAGAAAUUUACAUAUUUACCACAUGAUUCUUAUGUAUUUGCAUAUUUAAUGUGUUAGGUUUGAUGUUUAUGAUGAUGACAUUUUGGUGUUGUAAAUCUAUAUGCUUGAAAAGGUUAUUUCAAUUUUGAGAAGUUUGUGCUGGUGGUGUUGUCAUUGUGAUGCUAAGGAUGUGUAAAUAUGAAAGUUUAGGUCUUGAAUGUGUGAAUAUAUAGGAAUUGUGGUAUUUAUGUAAAUGUGCCUUUUUUAUGUUUAUUUGGUGAGGUGGUAG